AUGGCAGGAUCAAGUCAUCUCAACUCUGCAUUGGCAGCUGGCUUGGGGUCGGCAAGACAGCGUGGCAUUGGGACGAGAGUGAAUGGAUCGAGGCAAGAUGCUUUACCGACGCUCCACAACUUCGGCAUUGACUUGAUUGACAUAGCGGAAGCAUCUAUCACCGGCCAGUUGGCCGGCGGUCUGCCCCGUAACAAUGUUGUCGUGCAUAUCGAGUACUGUAGCACACCUAUGAAGACGACCAGCUUCGCCCACCCUGUCGUCGGCCCCGUCAUUAGCCUGAGAGGCAGUCUCGGUCGGGCAGGCCUAGGCCGUACUGACAUUUACCCCGUCCAAGGUCUCAGUCAUCUUCAAGCCUGUCACUAG